CGGCUGCUGGCACGUUGCACCUAUUAUGCUGUCCUACUUGUGGCCUGGGGGAGGGAAAAAAACGUGAACACUCCACCGGAGGGCUGGAGAGUCAUAACCCCGAUCCGAACAUUCAUAGCGAUCCCGCUACGGACUCGCUUUAGGCUUUUCUCCUUCACAACCAUCUUUGUCGCCAUCAUCGACGUCCGACUCUCGACAACUACAAUCACAGGACGGACGACUAGCAUCGAUCCCGACGCAUCAUAGCGACGCCUGCGGCUCCGUCUCUGACUACGCAUCGUCUACAUCAUUCAUUUUUUGACGCUAUCGACGUGGCAUUCAAACUCCGCCAGUUGGAGGCAUUCUCUUCGCUACUCAAUUGCAUCAAAACGUUCCGGAGCCUCAACAGCCGCCAACUACGAGCGAGACGCUGGCUGCGAUACACAAACCCAAUUGACGAGUCCCGUCUGACACCCGUUGACGAAUAAUCAUCAUGUCGAAUUACAGCGGUCGGCACGGCCCCAACGUGUCGCAAUACCUUCGCGACCUCAACACUAUCAGCCCUCAGGCGGAUACCAUGGAAGACAGCAACUUAAACUUCGAGGACGACCUGACCAUCUUCACAAACACCCAGUUCUUCGACUUCGAUUCUGGCCAGAACACCGACUUCCAAGCCCAGCCCGCCAAACCUGAGGGCAAAGCUCCCCACAGUGGCACCACAUCUGAGGAUGUAAGCGCUGCACCCUCAGUCAUCGGUGAAAUGCCCAACUUGGAUUUCAUGUCCGACUUUGCCUUCCCAGAAUUUAACAAUAAUACAUAUGCCGCGCCCCACAUGAACAACUUUUCCGAACAGGGCUUUGCGCCCCUGCAGCCAAACCAUGGCCACGUACAGGUUCCUCCUCACCAUGCGCGGUUCCAUCAGGCACCCCCACAGGUUGGCGAGAAGCGGAAGUCUGAGUCUAUGAACCAGGAGGAAGCUGCUAGAAUGGCUGCUGAGGAAGACAAGCGGAGGAGGAACACUGCUGCUAGCGCCCGUUUUCGCAUCAAGAAGAAGCAGCGCGAGCAGGCUCUGGAGAAGUCCGCCAAGGAGAUGUCUGACAAGGUUUCCAACCUUGAAAGCAAAGUGGCUCAGCUUGAAACCGAGAACAAGUGGCUGAAGAACCUCUUGGUCGAGAAGAACGAGGGCAAUGAGGACAUUGUUGCUUUGUGGAAAGAAUUCACCAAGCAUGCCAGUGACAAGAGCAAGGCCGCAUCCGCCGAAUCAAGUAGCGGCGAAAAGAUCAAAGGAGAGCAAUGAGCUGACUCAUGUUGAUAAUAUUUUCUUCUCAUCUCUCUUAAUGUUGUGCUGAUCGAAAGGAGCGGGGGGGCGUUGCUUUGGUUACUGGCGUUCUUAUUGUUAUUCGGGUCGAGGAAGCUUUGUCCUGUCUUGGGAAGAUUGAAUCACGGGAUAACCGAUUCAAUCUGGGGCUGAAGUAAACGAAGCUGGGCCGGCGGAUAUCUAUUUGGCUUUAUUUGUAUGUGGCAUAUAUCCAAAGUGGUUGGAAAUAGAGAGCCAAAAGAAAAAGAAAUGGGCUCUAUAUGGGAAAUGACGCUUUAUUUAUAUC